GUGGUUAACAUGACGAACGGAUAGAUAAGAUUAAAUAGGUAUCCAUUAUCUUCCGCCUUCACCAUGAUACAAUACUCUAGCGAGCGCUGGCUGACCUUCCUCUACGGCCUGAUCAUGGUCUGCGGCACCGUCUGCUCCGGUGCCUGCGCCGUCGCCUGGAAUCACUGGAAAUUCGUCCUGGACACCUGCACCAUAGACGUCACCUGUGGUUGUAUAUUGAAUGCCAGGUCGACGCAUCGGUACUUCACCGGAGGACAUGUCUCUUAUUGCCAUUGGGCGGUUUAUGGUCUGUUGCCAUCAGUAGCAGUCGCUUUGGUGUUUUUCAUGUAUCAUGGAUAUAGAGUGUGUAUUAAUAGCAAAGGGAAGCCGCCCAAGUCGUAUGAGGAGACUGUUAUUACUUCGAGAUCUCGAGAGCACAUAAGCAUGGUAACCCGCGUCAAAGACACCGCCUCACCUCACAAUGCUCCAAACGACGACGAAGCAAUCCACCUAUGCUGGCCUCCUGCUGCAGCAAUAUGCGCCCUCGUCUUUCUCGUCUGUCUGGUACACGCCUCAAUGUUGACCGACGGCUACUACAAAAGUUGCUACGAAUACAGAACCGAACUCGGUAAAAUCCUGAGGGCCAGCGGAAACCAAGUAAGAUAA